GAACACUCAAGCUUCAUCAUGGGAGCUGUAGUAGCUGACGACGGUCCAUCUGGUGUUAAAGCCCCUGAUGGAGGCUGGGGCUGGGCCGUCCUUUUCGGCUGUUUUAUCAUCACAGGAUUCUCCUAUGCCUUUCCUAAGGCAGUUAGUGUCUUCUUUAAAGAACUCAUCCGGGAAUUUGGCAUUGGAUACAGUGACACUGCAUGGAUUUCCUCCAUUCUGUUGGCCAUGCUUUACGGAACAGGUCCACUCUGCAGUGUGUGUGUCAAUCGCUUCGGCUGUCGCCCUGUCAUGCUGGUGGGUGGCCUUUUUGCCUCAAUGGGGAUGGUGAUAGCCUCCUUCUGCACGAGCAUCAUUCAGAUCUAUCUAACGGCAGGCGUGAUUACUGGUUUGGGUCUGGCACUAAACUUUCAGCCUUCGCUCAUCAUGUUAAACCGUUACUUUGACAAACGCCGGCCCUUAGCCAAUGGGCUAUCCGCUGCGGGGAGUCCAGUGUUUCUUUGUGCUCUCUCACCGUUGGGGCAGAUACUACAACACGAGUAUGGCUGGAGGGGAGGAUUCCUUAUACUGGGAGGGAUGCUGCUCAACUGCUGUGUAUGUGGAGCAUUAAUGAGACCUUUGGAGCCACCCAAAAAGUCUGAAGCUACCAAAGAACCAGCUGAGAAGAAAGUGAAGAAAAAACUUCUGGAUUUCAGUGUGUUUAAAGAUGGCGGUUUUGUAAUCUACACGCUAGCAGCAUCUAUCAUGGUGCUUGGCCUCUUUGUUCCCCCCGUUUUCGUUGUGAGUUAUGCCAAGGAUCUAGGGUAUCAAGACACCAAAGCAGCUUUUCUUCUGACUAUUCUGGGAUUCAUUGAUAUCUUUGCUCGGCCUAUUUGUGGAAUGGUAGCUGGUCUUAAAUGGGUUAGACCACGCUGCGUCUACCUCUUCAGUUUUGCUAUGAUUUUCAAUGGCUUUACAGAUCUCAUGGGUUCUAUGUCUGUUGAUUAUGGUGGCCUGGUGGUCUUUUGCAUUUUCUUUGGCAUUUCUUACGGAAUGGUAGGUGCUCUUCAGUUUGAAGUUCUCAUGGCUAUCGUUGGCACUCAGAAGUUUUCCAGUGCUAUCGGUUUAGUGCUCCUGGCAGAAGCUAUGGCCGUUCUAAUUGGUCCGCCAUCAGCGGGAAAACUCUUGGAUGCAACAGGGAGGUACAUGUUUGUUUUUAUUAUUGCUGGAAUUGAAGUUACCACCUCAGCACUCGUAUUGGCCUUGGGAAAUUUCUUCUGCAUUAAGAAAAAACCAGAAGAACCACAUACAAAAGAAGAAGCAGCAGAAAGAGAGGAAUUGAACAAAUCUGAAGACAAAGCUCCUGAAGAUGCCAAGGUGGACUCUAUUGAAGUGGAGCAGUUUCUGAAAGAUGAGCCUGAAAAAAACGGCGAGGUUGUAACUAACCCAGAAACAUGUGUGUGAGCAUGAUGGGAAACUGACAACACAUUUAGAAAAGAAAGAUUUUCAACACUAUUUAUUUUAGAAAUAGAACUAGUUUAGGGCUGGGCCGUCUGCUUUAUGAAGUGGAGGCUGGUCAGCUCAUCAGGUCUCGCUGGAAGCUGAUGAGCUAGACAACCUUUUAUCGGAAAAUUAGCUUUAUCAGUAAAAGGUGGAGCAUUGUGGUUAUACUUUUUAUGUAAACUAAAAAGCUUUUAUAAACACAAGUAGAGUCUUGCUAUGCAUCACCAGAAACUGCUCACUUGGAAGAGAUAUAGGAAGAAUAUAUUUUGAGAAAAGUGGAAUUAGAUGUAUGUUUUCAGCCAAUAUUGGUGAAAUCGCUGUGUCGUGCAGCUAAAUAUAAUUUCCCUUUCUGUGUUCUUUGUGAAGGGGAAAGAGUUUGAGAUGGAGAAAAAUCUCAGGAACUUAAAGGUCUCCAUUAGGGUUUUGAAUUUCUUACUUUUUUAGAUUUUUAGAUUAAUUGGCUCAGCCCUAAUUUAAUUUUGAUAAUAUCUGUUACUUUGAUUUAUGUAAAUGUAUUUCUGAGUUUUGUCUAAACCUGUAAUCUUUGUAAUUAUCAUCCGGAAAUACUGUACGUGGGAAGGCACGUUACAGAUACUGUCCUCAGCAGAUCACACAAGCGGUAUUCCAAGGUAGUACUAAAAGAAAAUAAAACGAGCAGAAUCGAUCCUGGCAGACCGUGAGCAAACAAAGUUAGCCUACGUUUACAUACACGGUUUUCAGUACAGUUUCCCUGCAGCAUUGAAAAAUAUUACAAGCAACACGGAGAGGACGGAUAUUAGGUUUAGUAGAAUCUCCUGAAAGAGCGUCCAUCCUGUGUAUAAAAGAAACAGUGUAAGUUUCCAGAUGACCUAUGAAGCAGAGCGGGUAGACUUAGGGGACUAUUUUGAAACAUGUUAGCCAUCUUUAAAAUGCAACGCUAGCAACAUAGGAAGCUCUUCACAAGUUUAUUUUAUUUAUUUUACUUUUUUUCUUCCAUUUACCCCGCUUCCCUGUCCUUGUGCUUCAUCUAUGGAAGUUCAAGGUGCCAUUCUUGCUGGUUGAGGAAAACACGAUAGAACUGUUGAUCAUAUUUACGGCAGCAAUCAAGAAUGGGGUCGGCUCUGCUGCUCAUUGCACAGACAGAACGGGGAGUCUCUGGCCAGUCUUUAAAUCUUCUCUGACAUUGGUAUAGGGGAAGGAGAAGGAACAGAAACGGAUCAGACAAGGCAGUGACGGCACGUUUGAAGAAGCGCGGAAAGGGAAUUUUUGUUGUGUUGUCCCCACAUUGUGAGGACACUGAAUAGAAAAGGAAGGUAAAAGGAAGGUAAAAGGAAGGCGUUACAUACUUUUUUUUUUCCCACCCAAACACAUUCAAGAAAUGUGAUCUUUUAUACAAAACCAUGCUACGCAACCCACCUUCCAGAUAUGUCUAUAAAAAGCUCUCUAGGCUUUGUGACUGCACUAACACUCUUCAAGACAGACUAACUGUAGCAGAUUCAGUUUUCUUGUUGGUAGCAAAGGAAUAUUGGCUUUCAGGUGCCAUAAUUGUUCCGCUUAGUAACUGAAAACUAAAAGACCCUAAUCCCUUAAAACCCUGUAUCCCUUUUAAAAAUAACAUCAUUAGUUGUUUCACGCUUGACCAUUUUAACAGAAACAUACUGUAAAUCCAACAAAGUGCCAAACCCACGAACCAUGCCCUGCUGGAACGAUCUCGGAUACCAGCUUCCAUUCUGGUAGUUUCUUCAAAAUGGUUUUGCAUUGUUAGGACAAGCUUGCACAGAAAUUGAAAAGUUAGGAUCAUGACGUUUUUUUUGAGUGAUUUUAAAAAGAAAUGGAUGCUGCACUGAAUAAACUUUAUUUUUCUAUCGCAUAUAGUACGUUACUUUAAAACCUUUUAUUAAUUUAGUGGCAGGAAUUGCGCUGGCAUGUCCUAGUUACAAGAACUCAAGUCACCGAACUUAGCUCCAGUUUGCUAAAGACUAAAUCAGUACUUGGAACUCAACACUGCCGGCUCCAGAAGGCCACCGUAUGAAAGGGCAAGAGGAAAAUGGAAUCCACAGAUCAGUUUAUGAUCUCCCUAGAGGCUGCUUCAGAUGAUACGUGAAGGCCUGACACAGCUUUCAGAUUGGAAUUCCCUCUUCUGUUUCAAAAAACAAAACCUAGAAACCUUCCCAAAGGUGAAUUCAGAGUCUCAAAUAGCCAUUUUUGUCCUACUGUGGGUUUUGAUCACCAGGUUUCUUUGCUAGAGAAUGCUGUCCUGUUAUCACAGAACUAAAUGGUUAUUCCUUUGGCCUCAGGUUUUGGCACAAUUUUAAGUUUCCGUACAUUCUGCCAAUUGUCUAGACUGUAACAUCUCGAAAAUUUGGGUUUAUCAUACUGACUUUCCAGACUAGGUAUCAUUUUCCAUACAUAAUACCUUUGUGGUUAAGCCGGAAACAAGCGUUACGUUACAUUUUUACAUGACCGGGGCAGAAGAGGAAGUUACUAAGACAGGGGAAACACAUUUCAACAAGACACCAUAAAUAAUUUCUGAAGUAAAUUGAGUGUUCACAGAAAGUGCCUCGUUGGCCUGUACAAGUUCUUCUCCUCGACUCGAUGAUCUACUCUGAGUAGGACUGGCAGUGCUCUUGUGCUAUUUUUCAGCACAGACCUGCCAAUGGCUUGCAGUAUGUGUGAGAGCAGGAGACGCUUACUGCAUGAGAGAGGUCAAAUCACAGGGCUCUUUUAUCGACUGUGAGAAAUAAGGGCUGGAAUUUAAUUUGCUAAGCAGUUUCACACAGGCUACGAAAUCUUUUACCGUUUUCAUUAUCUACAAGGAGCAUCAACACGGAGAUGAGAAACUCCUAGUGCAGAUCUCUUAGCAACGUCAGAACUGGCAGGCGUGAGAGCGCUUCUGAGUUCUGGAGCCAGGUAAGCCCCCUGCUUCCAUUCUGUCCCAUUCAGGGGUGACAUCCAGGUGUGCGCUAGCCCCCCAGUACUCCUUCCGUUCAGCUGCCUUUGUUUCCCUGGAAAGAGAUUGACUAUUCCGAUGCGAAGGAAACCUCCGUGCGUGCCAGAUCCCCAGCCUGGACAACUGCGGGCCAGUACGCUAGGCUGUGCUGAGGCACGUACCCAACUGCUCCUACAGACAUGGCCACAAAGGCCUUUACACUGAGCUCCUGUUUUAUAGACCUCCCUCCUUCCUACCCCAAGAUGUUAAAAAACAAAAGCAAGCAGCAACUCCUGAGGUUCCCAGCGCUGUCUUCAAACACCAGCUAGGAACUGUUACAUAUAGAAGGGGAGGAUUGUACUGGAACCUUUUCUCUUGGCAAGACUAGCCUGGCUCCUUAUUAAUUUAACUCUGCUUAUUGUAAAUUCACAAGGAAUUGCUUUUAAACCCCUCCAGGUAUUUUGCUACGGUAUUUCUUUAAUCUCAGCACCACUGAGAUCCCCUUAAGAGCAGUUUGAGAGAUGUGCUCUUUCAUGUAUUUUGAGGAGGCGCGUGGUCGGAGUCCUAAAGCAUUGCUAAAGAGGCACCAGCUGCCCGGGGACACAAGCAGAACAGCUCCAUGCAACAUCUACCUGGACGGCCAAUCUUCACCUGGUUAACAUUUUGUGACUUGAAAAAAGAAAAGAGGAAAGGGAAGGGAAGGCAGGUAAUUAUACAGCUGCAUUGCCAAGCAUCCCAAAGACAACAUUGUAAUUGCUCUUGCAUCAUACACUAUUGGAACACAUGUAAUUUCUUCAGACACAUAGUUCAUGAAUCUAUUUAAGAAGUCUGUGAGGGAAACAAUCGAAAAAUGCAAGUGCAAAAAAUCCCAAGUAGAAUACUAUAAAACAGGUGAAAGAUAGUUUUCAUAGAUUAUUUCUCUGAAACUAAUGAACUGUCUUGUAGUGUACAGGCUAGCAUAAUUUUUAAAGCUUUUUAGAUCUUGCUACAAAUUGUGUACUAUAGGAUUUACGGUUAAAAUAUUGUAUGUUUGAUCAUGUAAUGGAUCUUAGGCCCUUAAUUUCCUAAUGCAAGGAGAGGGUGUGUGUCAAAAUGCCUGUGACACACAGAGAAUAUAUAAAGAGGUGUGUAUGUGUGUGCACAUAUAUAUUUAUAUAUGUAUGUAUCGAUCUAUAUAUAUCGAACAUGCAAAAUACCCAGUAGAGUAGAAUAGAGACAGUUUGCCUGUGUACUACACAAUGAGCAAUGCAGAGUUAAAACUAUUUUCUUCCUCCUCCUAUACAAAGAUAAGUUUGGGGUUUUUUUCAAAAUUCCUAAAUAAAAUAUCUUGUAGCUAUUUGGAGCCUAGAAGAUCUCAGCGGAACUAAAAACCUUGAAGUGAUGCAGCUAUCUGUUUAAAAUCACAGUCUCUAGAUUUUAUUUUUCUCCAGUCCUCAAAUACAUUACAGCAAGUCGUUAGCAGUACCUGCUGCUACAGCAGCCAGUUCCCUACAGUUGAGACUUGAGGUGGUAUGAAGGUGUGGUGUGAAGGACUCGACAGAUCUUGUGCUUGUUAAUAUUAAAUCCCAUCCAAACAAAUACGUGUGUUAGACAAUGUAAAAUCAUUCUCUAAAAAGAAAUGAAAGCAUCCCCCUAACCAAGCAAUCAACCCUCAGAAUGAAAAUCCAAAACACCCUCAGGUAUGCACCUUUGUUGCGUCCCAAAGCGAAGCUUCAGUUUGGCAGGCAAUCAAAAGCAGAGGGCUUUCAGGAGAACGCAAACUCUUACACGUUACAGCGGUAAGUACUGACUUGCGCACGUGUGUCUGUGUCUCUCUGCCACGCUUCUCUUUAGGAUUAUGGGAGUACGCUUCAGUUUUGUGCAAGUGAGAUGACUUUGUUUCUUGUUAAUGCACUUUAAUGUAACGUGUACAUUUAUACUUAGAAUUUUUUUUAUGCUUUUCUAGUAAACUGUUGCAAAUGUAGUGAAUAAAUAUUUGGUUGU